AUGAUUGCCCGUGCCUUUUCGCAGACGACCCCUGCCGCCCGCGCGAUGCGCGUGGCUGGCCAGCAGGUGCGCCACUCGUCGGGUCUUCCCAUCCCCCCGAAGAUCGCGACCCCGAAGAGCGUCGGCGGCUCCGGCGCGUCGAACACCGACGCUGUCGUGAGCUUCUACAAGGCCCUCCCCAAGGGCCCUGAGCCCGAGAAGCGCUCGAUGGGCAUCAAGGCGAACUACUUCGAUGGCAAGAACGCCAGCGGCAAGCCCCUGGUCGCCACCAUCGCCGUGCUCAUGCUCAUCGGCUACACGAUCGAGUACAACGGCCACCUCACGCAUGCGACGCAGCUGCGUGCCUCACUCGAGCAUAUGCUGCGCGACGCGAGCGGCGCACGGCCCGACUCGAUCCGCAUCACGCAAGCCGUGACCGAGUACCUCCCUGUGCUCCUGGGCCUGUACAAUAGCGUGCUGAUCGAUGCGAUUGUCGUGAAGCACGAGCCAUCGUUUACCUGGCGCUCCGCUCUCCUGACGCGCAGUAGCAAGUCGGCGAUGCCCGGCCUGCACGCCGAGCUUUGUGCGGUGCUCAUGCUGCUGGGCAUGGCGCUGAGCAACGAGGCCGUGGGCGCCGUCGACGCGCUCGGCAUGUACGAGCUCGACACGUCGGUCGACGCUGCGACGCGGCGCGCCAACGACGACCGCCUCAAGGUCGCAGCCGAUAUGUUGUGCCGCGCAAGCGGCCUCUUUUCGUAUGUCGCGACCGAGCUCCUGCCCCGGCUCGACGUGUCGCCGCACCCGCCCGAGCUGUCGCGCGACGUGGCGAUGGCCCUGUCGCGCUUUUCACUGGCCGAGGCGCACCGCCUCGCGCUCCGCAAGCUGCAGUCGCCUGCGCUCGCGCUCGCGACCGAUACCCUGACGCCCGGCCCCCCACUUCCGUCCGGGCACCCGUCGGCGGCGCUGCUGGCGAAGCUGCACCUGCACACCGCCUCGCUGUAUGAGCAGGCCCUCUCGCUGAUCCGCACGCACGAGAAGCACACGCCGUUCGCGGCCGAGCCGGACGCCGAUGUGCCCCGUGCGCAGCGCUCGAUGCACAAGCUCAAGAGCACGCUGCAAAAUAUCAAGAUCGCGCCCGAGGCGCGUGUCGGUGCAACGCUCGUCAGGUAUGCGGAGCACGAGGUGCAGUGGCACCGCGCGCUCGCGCACAAGUGGCUCGGCAUCGACGCCGGCGAGCAGGCCAAGAGCACCGGCACCGGCGUUGCGCACCUCGCUGCCGCGCGCGACCAGCUCCUGCAGAUCGUGCCGAAAGGGCUUGAGGGCGCGGAGAAAGCGCGUGUGCCGCUCUGGGAGCAGCGGCGUGCGGCCAAGUUCCACGGCGACCUCGGCCUGUGGUGGAUGGGCGUCGAGGCGGCGAGCGUCGCGCGCUGGCUCGACGUGUACAAGCGCCUGAACGAUACCGUGAGCUUCCAGCGUGUGCCGCAGCUUUCCGAGCUGCAGUACGCCUCGGAAGGGCGCGCGGCGGUCGUCGCGAAGCCGUACGAGCCGCCGGCGCCGGCGUUUGGGCCACGGACCCAGGACCAGGUGCUCGAUCCCUCGCUGUGCGUCGGCGUGCGCGAGCGGAGCGAGGCGCGGCGCGAGUAUGCGGGCGCGGGUGCGUAUUACUAG